AUGGGCGACAAGCGCUCGCCGUACUUCGGGGGAGAGUGGAACAAGGACUCGCGGCUGAAGAGCUACUUCAAUGGACAGAGACAGCAGCGCGCUGGUCACAAUGCGGCGGAACGGAACGGGACGGCCGGCGCGGGGCCUGCUCACACGCCGCAGCACCACUUCCCGCAUCACCACGGCACCACGCCGGCCCGCAGCCCCGCGGGCGGGAUCCAGGACGGGGACCCCCAGUGCACCAUCUGCCUCGAACCUCCCGUAGAGCCCGCGAAGCCCAACGGGUGCCAGCACGUCUUCUGCUUCAAGUGCCUGCACGCAUGGUCGGAGAUCACAAAUGUCUGUCCCCUAUGCAAGUGCGAAUUUACGCUCAUUAAGGGGUUCGACGGGCGGGAGGCGGCCUGCGAGCACCGCAAGCAGCGCAGCGACCACCACGACACCCUCCCGGACACCGCCUGCAGCGGGUGCGGGUCCACGGACAACGAGGACACCAUGCUGCUGUGCGACGGCUGCGACUGCGGGUGGCACCUCGACUGCCUGGGCAUCACCUGGGCGCAGGUCCGCGAACACUUUUUCUGCCCCACGUGCUUCAACGGCGGCCGCGCGGCGCGCCUGAACCCCGCGCUGAUCACCACGCUCCCGGGCAUCAACGAGCACAUCGUGGACGCCGCCGUCGCCGCCGCGCCGGGCCUCGCCGACGCCGAGGCGAUCCAGAAUGCAGCCUGCAAGGUGUGCAAGUCGACGGAGGGGGAGGAGUCGAUGCUGCUGUGCGACGGGUGCGAGACGGGGUGGCACGCCGAGUGCAUCGACAUCCCGUGGGAGCGCGUCAAGGACCUGUUCUUCUGCCCCGCGUGCCACGCACACAACAGGUUGCCGCGCGCCUCCGAGAUACGGGACUCGAUCACGGUGCUGCCGCGGCAGUGGAUGCCGGACGGGGCAAGGUGGGCUGCUGUCAGGGGGGGGGUUGAAGGGGCCACGAGGGGGGCUGGGACGACCGAGGAGGGCGAGGUUGACGAGGACGAGGACGACCCGCUUCGGAACUGGCUCCAGGCCGCGGGUGCGGGGCAGCCGCAAGGUGGGACGCGCGUCGCGCAAGACGACGGGGUGCGCGGGGCGACGCUGUGCUCGGACGACGACGACGACGACCGGUCGAACGAGUACGACGAAGAGGAUUCGUUCCUCGUGCCUGACGACGCGGACGACUCGGCGUCGGGGUCGGAUGCGGGGUGCGGCAGCAGCGACAGCGACAGCGAGGUCGAGGUUGAGGGGGGGAGUGAAGGCAGCGAGGGGGAGUCGGACGAGGAGGUCGUCGUGGGCGGCUCGCGGCCGCGGCGGCGGCAGCGCGCGAUGGCGGAGGUCGCGGUCGCGGCGCGGCGGCGGCGGCACCGCCACGGCGCGCGCUCGCCGGCGCCCGUGGCCGUCCCGUCGCGGCGCGAGACGCGGCAGCGGCGGGAGGAGCCGCGGCGAGCGAAGGGGGCGGCGGCGCAGCGGGGGCGAGCGAAGGUCGGAACCCCCGUGGCGACGCCGGUGAGCCUGCUUGACAGCAGGGGGGGGAGUGGGUCAGGGAGAGGGGUGGUCCGGAAGAAACGCGUGCUGGAGUCGGACUCGAGCGGGCCGUCGUCGCAGUCGGAUAUCGAGGUGGUGGUGCACCCGCGGCGCAGCAGGAAGAAGACGAGGGGGGAGGGGGGGAGUGCGCGCAAGGGGCCGGGGGGGGUCGCGGGCGGCGGAGAGGCGGGCGGGCAGGCGCGGCGAGCAUCGGCGCCGGAUGUCGACGAGCCGAGCGAGGAUGCGCGCGGGGACAGCCCGAACGUGUUCUUGGCGUUCGCGCACGGGCGGGAGAGCGAGGAGGGGGGGAGUCUGGAGAUCACCCCCCCCAAGCGCCCGCCCCCGCAGCCGCGGCCCACGCCCGGCAACGCGGCUGCGUUCCCAGCGCCCGGAGCGCCCAGCGGCUUCACGCGCGCCCCCGCGCCGUGGGCCGCAGCGCCCCUGCGCACCUUCCAGCCCCCCAGCAGCGCCCGCGCCGCGACGCCCGCCGGGGCGCACGGCGCCAGAAGCCAGCCGCUCUCGCAGCCGCGGAGCACGGCGACGCCGGGGAACACCUGGCGGGACGCUCUCGAGCGAGCGCAGGCGGGAGGAGCAACGCAGUCGCAGUGGCAGGCCAGCCAGGCCGCGUCGCAGAGCCGCUACGGCGCGUACGGCGGCGCCGGAGGCGGCGCCUACGUGAGGCAGCCGCCCCCGUGGCAGACCCCGCCGCGUGGCAGCACAGGCGCACGUGCACCGGUGUUCGGUGGCGGCGGUGGCGGCGGAGCGGCGGAGGUGGUGCGCGACGGCGGCGCGAGCCAGGCCCCGAGCGCCGUGGAGUGCACGCCGCCGGAGUCCGCGCAGGGGGGGCUGUUCGACCGGAGUCAGCUGGACCGGCUGGGGUGCGUGCCGGCGACGCCGGAGGAGGAGCUUGGCGGGUACGACGGCACGCCCGGCGAGGACGUGAUCGGCCGUUCGCGAGGCGAGCUGGCGGUGGACCCGACGCCGCCGUCGAUGCCGCGCCCGGCGCUGUCUGGGCUGGGCAAUAGGGCCCUGGGGGAGUUUGUGUUCACGGGGGGGGUGGCCGGGACGAUGGCGCCGGCGGGGAGGCGCAGCGGCUCCGACGGCAAGUUCCGGAGAGCGGGCCAGCGGACGCCCGGGUUCUGA